ACUUUUGAUUUCUGUGUAGAUGCAGUGAAUGAUCUGUCAAAAAUCUUCCGGUUUCCCUGUAAUAUUAGUGGUUGCUUUCGUUAAGCGUUUCCUUUCUGCGCAUGCGUUUCAAAGAGGAGACCUUGGUUGUUGCGACAAAUAGCAAGCAAUAAAGGGCAGUUCUCAAUUAUUUUUUUUUGGUGUAUUUGGAAAUCUUUCAGCGUAUCGAAAAUUGUAUUUGGUAUAUAAAGAAAACAUAUCUUCUUAGAAAUCAUUGCAUAAUAAUUAAUUAUUAUAUUUUACACCCUCAAGUAUCUGAAAAAGGAAAAGUGAAAGAAUGCAAAGUGAGGAGCCACAGGAAACGAUGCCAGAGAGUCAAGAUGUUCUUAACACCGAGUCUAUUUUAGGCGCCUCCACACCCCAUAUGCCCAGAGGCGAUUGCGAAAUGGGAGGUAGGAAAAGAAAGAAUGCUGAGCUGUUAGCAGCAACUGACAGUUUGGAUGCUGGCAAAGGAUUUUCCGAAGAAAAAUUAGAUGCAUUUGGAAGAUUCAUUGCCCGUAGCUUAAAAAACCUUAACCGAGAAUUGACUUGCCUAGCUAUAAUGGAGCUGCAUACGGUUAUCAACAGAUAUAAAUUGAAAAAUUUGCAGCUUAAACCAGUCGUGGAACACCAGAGUGGGAAGACAGUUUGUCAAAUUUGAUGAGAACCACCAAAAUGCAAAAAUAAAAUUUUAAAAGAAAUAAAAAAAUUGUUUUAUGUA